AUUCAUUAGAAGCGUUUAUAAUAGCUUGUUCCCGUCGUGAGAUUUCUUGUGGAGUUGGGAUAAACACGAAAGUAUGACGAGAUUUUAUUAACUUCCUCCAUUUGAUUACGUACAGAUGACAAUUUAUUCAGAGAUUCCUCUAUUAUGACAAACAAAUUAUAGCAUAAUCCCUAAAAAGCCUUGGGGGUUUCCUGUCUUCUGCAAAUCUUCUUUGAUUACCCAAAACAACAUUAUGCACACGCGACGCGGAAUCUAAUCGACACCAAUUCUAGACAAGAUUGUCGAAAGAAUUCACUGGGUUUGACUGUGAAUUAUUCAUGAUUUUGGAGCAAGUGAUUUGACAGACAGGGUUCUUUUACAUCCGGAUUAAUUUAGCCACUUUUUUUCUAGGAUUUAUACAAAAGGCAACUCGAGCAUAUAGAUUGGUAUUUGAAAGAAAGAAAAAAUUCGUUAUGAGGGUAUUUACAGCUAUCUCUCUAAUAAUGGCGCCGAUAAACAUCACUGGAAACCUCCUGGUCUGUCUCAUCGUCUUUAAAGGAAAAACAAUGAAGACUUUCACGAAUUUACUACUCGUCAAUCUUGCUCUAGCUGACAUGAGCUUCGGGAUACUACAAUUAAUAGAACUAGCAAUUUUCCAAGUCACAGAGGUCUUUGACGCGAACGUCUUCUGUAAGAGUACGGCUUAUAGCACGCAUGUUGUGUGUGGCGUCUCGAUUGUCACUCUGACUAUCAUCGCGUACGAAAGGUACCAAGCAGUGGCAAGGCCAUUUAGAACAAGACUAAAGACUACCACAAGCAAAAAAGCAGUUGCAAAGUUGAUAAUAAUCUGGCUGACAUCGUUGAUUAGCAUGUCUCCGGUGCUGUACUUCCAGUGGGGAAAGGCGGGCAGCGAUGGCGAUCCCGUCUGUGGGUCACAGCAAAUGCAUCAUGUAUAUCCAAAUAGGAUCUUUUAUUUCUGGGAAGCAAUCGUGUUUUUGGCGCUACCGAACCUCAUUAUCAUCUACUGCUACAGUAGAGUUAUAUUUGCAUUAUGGUUCUCAAAAGCAGUGUUUGUGUCAAGCACUGCGUCCUUCGAAUCGAGACGUAAACUCGCUAAAGUCCUUUUAUUUAUCACACUUAUCUUUAUUGUUUGCUGGGUUGCAGUUUGCAUUGAGCACAUGUUUUAUAUUUUUGGCGCUAGCGUGUCCAAGGAGUUUAAUAUCAUGACCUUUUUUAUGAUUCAUUUUAAUAGUUCUGUCAACCCCUUCGUUUAUUCUUUACAUAGCUCAAAAUUCAGGAAAAGUUGUAAAGGCAUUUUCAGCGACUUGCUAGGAAUAGUGCGUAGCUGUAGUAGUUCAUCAGAUAGAAACCAAGAACGUCAUUAACUUCAUUCAAAAUCAAAGCGAUAUCUUUGGGAAUUUCGCACGUUAUAUUUUAAAAGUUACCAAGAAGUUGAAUCAGCAGAUCUUAGCAUUUAAACUAUUUAUUUUGUGGUGGAAAUCUUAUCCGUAAAAAGGCGGUCUUACAAAGCUAAAAGCUUGCGGUGAUCAUCGAGAGGAAUCUUUAGAAAAUAGAAAUAAACGUUAUAGAUAACUUAAAUAGACAUAAAAGGAAGUUGAAAUACCAAAUAGUCGAAAGUGGAUUGAUUGGUUAAACAAUAAAUUAUAAGGGCUCGACAAUAACGAUAAA